AUGGAUCGUAUGAAUACUGUUAAUGGUCUAAAUUGUUUUCAAAAGCAACCAAGUGAAUUAGUAUUACCUGAAGAAGCUGUUUAUCAAAAACCAUCUAUUGAAAUGCUUAAAAAAGAUAUUAUUAUGAGAAAUCGAACACAAUUAUUACAUAUAAGAAAUAUUGCUCAUCGAAAUGCACUUUUAUAUAGUUAUUUAUUUCAACGUUUAUUUGAUUUUGAAGAGCCCGGUCUUACGUACAUUCUUUUACAUAAUGCGGCUGAUAUAACUGGUGGUCGAAGUAUGAUUAAUGGUUCGGGAGUUUAUUUUGAUCAAGAUAAAUAUUAUCCACAUUGGUAUAAAAAUUUUUUUAAUAAAACAAUUCCAUUAUUUGGCCCAUAUGCUUGGCGAGCUGAUGAUUUCUAUGAUGCAUUUAAUUGGAAAAAUGAAUGGACAAAUCAAACGAUCCAAGAAGAAGAUAGUGGAGCUGGUCGAUAUCGUCAAUAUACAUCACGUUAUAAUCGAAGAAAUGAAUGGUAUAGUAAAUGGUUACCAGAUCAAACACGAAAUGAUCAAGGACGAGGUAAACCAGUACAUACCGUUCAAUUAUUACUAGCUGAACGAAUGUAUAAACUUCGUGACGUGCCUCAAACCUUUGAGUUUUAUGGACCACCACAUCCAGAAGAUCCACAAGGGCCAACUCUAUGGACACGUCCAUAUUUUGAUUGUGGUCGAUCCGAUAAAUGGAUAAUUAGUGCUGUUUCACCUAUUGUCGAUAUAUAUCCACGACAUACAGAAUAUCGACAUUUACAAUCGAUGCGUAAUUUAGCAGUUGCUGUAACUCAUAUUGAUUUUCUUAUGACGGAUAUUAAUCAGUGUAUUGAAGUUGGUCCAACAAGUGCACAAACAAAUGAUCCACAAUCAAAACAACCAAAUCUGUUUGCUGGUACAGAUAAAUGUAAACCAACGACACGUUGUGAACCAUUGUUUGGUUUUGGAUUUCGACGUGGUGGUUAUCAAUGUCUUUGUCAACCUGGUUUUCGUUAUCCACCAUAUCAAGAUGGACCAUUUCAAGGUUAUGUUAUUGAAAAAGCUACAAAAGAAGAAUAUCAAAAUAAUUUUGAUUGUAUUAAAGUUGAAUUAUAUUUACAAGUUCCACAAAACCUCUAUCAAUCAAAUAUUGAAGUAUUUGCUUCACGUACACGUCGAUCAAUUGAUUACAAUGGUGAUAUGUCCAAUGAAUCAAUUUAUAAUGAUUUAAGUAAAGAUCCUAUUCUACCACCACUUAUCGAAUCUAUUUCAAAAGUAAAUUCAAUAGCAACAAUAUCAUCUCCAACUUCUUCGUUUCUUAAAUCAUCUAUUUAUCGUUUUGCUUUAUUUUCUGGUAAACUUGUAACAGGCUUUGAGAAUGAUAAAUCCGAAGAUCAUAUGAAAAAAAGUCGUACAAAACGUUAUGCAUAUGAACGUCCAACACGUAUUGCAGCAAUAAUGCAACUCUACGAUCGUCUUAAGCGUGAUCCACAAUUAUGUGAAUUCAUGACUGAAGAUGAUUUAACAAUGCCAGGCGAUGUUUUAAAUGAUGUUGACAUUCAAUUGGAAUCUCAAGCACGUUUAGCAUUAACAUUAUCACAUUUUCUAUCAAGUUUUUAUCAAAUUGUUAAUCCAGCUGAAGAUUUUCCACUACGUAAAGCUGAACUUGAUUUAACUGAUGAACAAUUAAUUGGUGAAGUCGUAGCUGCAGCUGGUGGUGAUUAUAAAGUUGUUGGUGUUGGUAUUUUUUUUGAUCGCGGAAAAUUUCGAAAUUAUCGUUUACCAUAUUUUGGACCAUAUGCUUAUCGAACAGAAAAAGAUAUCAGCCGAAAAUAUACUGUUGUUGAUUGGGCUGGUUUACCUGAUGGUUAUGAAAAUGAAAUAUGGUUUCGAACAUUAAAAGCUCGAUGGGCAACAAAUGCUGAUCGUUCGGAAUUAACUGAACAUUGGCUUAAAUUAUUUAUUCGAUCUGAUUAUGUUGGUAAUGCAUUAGUACAUCAUGAAUCUGGUUUUCCACUUUAUUCUUAUGCACCAGAAUUAAAACAUGGUCAAUGGUUUCCACCAACAUUUCAAUGUAGUAGAAAUUAUACAUUACCACGUCAAUGGAUUGUUACGUAUGCUGUACCAUUUUUUGGACUUGAUGCACUUGGAAUCAAUCUUGAAUUCAAGGGUGUAGUACGAGUUGAUGCUUAUCUCAAUUAUUUGGAUAUCAAUCAAUGUUCAAUGCCUCAUUAUGUACCAAAUGCAUUUAAAGGCAGUGAUCGUUGUGAUUAUCAAAGCACAGUGUGUGAACCAUUACUUGGUCGUGGUUUUGUUUUAGGUACAUAUAAAUGUCGUUGUCGACCAGGCUAUGAAUAUCCAUUUAUUGAUUUUAAUGAUUUCUUUAAUGGAGAUAAUAUGGAUGUACAAUGGAAUAUAUUGAUGAGCAAUAAUUCAUUAAUGUCACGUUUUCAUCAACUUAAAUGUCGUAUUGCUAUUGCUAGCUCAAUAAAACCACUUAAUUUUAUUCUUCUUUUAUUAACUAUGUCUUUUGCAAUGUUAACCAGUCGAUGA